AUGGAGGAAUUGGUCAAGAUGAUAAAUAAACUGAGAGUUGAAUUUGAUAAAGAGCAACAGGUACAAAAAUGCAAACACCGUCCACAUUACGUUCUUGACCCUGAUAAUAACUUGUCACUGGAAGAGACCCACAAGUACUUUGAGUACAUCAUGAAGGCUCUCCGGAAUCUUUCCAUCGACGCUAUUGAUAAAAUAGACAAAAAAUGGUUGGAAUCCGCUGCAAGGAAUCGAGAAAUAUUCGCUGAUGCUAAAGGGAAAAUUCUCAAACGCUGGACAGAGUUAAUAUUUGAAAAAUGGGGAUCAGAGAACAACAAGAAUGAAAUUGUUUAUCAAUUGGAAAAUUUGACGUUAUCUUUCUGGAGAGCAUCUGCAGAGAGGAAAGGGAAAAUAAUUUUUUUUCCUGAAAUUCAUAUUGAAGUUGUUCCAUUUCUUCAAUCUCUCCGCGUUGUUCAAAACUAUGAACGGCAUACCAACGAGCUUCAUGAAGAAUUUCUUUACCAGUAUGUUGAACCUGACGAAGAAGUCGAACCCUACGAUGAACAGGUUCCAGAUAUUUUUGUUGAAAAUAAAAAAGUUGCAAAGAAAAAACUCAAGAAAAAAACGGCAAAGAAAGGAUUAACUAAUACAAUAGAGAUGGCACUAAAAACCGGUGACAAGAAAAAGAAAAAACAAGCUCACCUAUCGCAGCGGACAUUGCUCAGUAGAUCUCCAUCAUUAAAGCGUGGUGAACACAUUCGUUUCAAUUUGUAUUCGGAUGUCACACCGAUUUUCAAAAAGUCAGCUAGCAAAGAAAGAGCAACUGAUGGAACAGAGCAUAAAAUUGAUUUUGGUACGGAAGCUUUUUUGGGACCCAUUUAUCACAUUUCAUCUUUUGAAAGCGAGAGAAAGUCCCAAAAGUAUGGAUCAUGGAGUAUAACGCUAGAUGUCGGUCUGGAAGAAAGAAAAUUGAAUGGGGAGAGUAUUCUAGUCUCAUUAAAAGUUCCAGUUGAAGAAGUGUUUUUGGGAUCGAACGAACCUGUGGUAGCAUUCAGGGAUGAAAGUUCGGAUGAUUGGAAAAAAGGAGUGUUCACAACUCAUUCUCAAUUUGAUCAAAAUACCUUCAUUGUGACCACAAGACUUUCCAAAAUGGGCUAUGUAUCGUUAUUUCAACAUAAUGACUUUCACUAUCCUUAUAAAAGUUGGAAAAUCAGCUUUGAAAAAGAGAAAAUCUAUUUCAAGCUACAUACGAAUGUGGUGGAACUUGCAUUUGUGGUUGAGGAUUCCUAUUUCUACCUGGAUACCUUGACUGGAGAUGAAUUCAGUAAGCUGAGAAAUUUGCAUCAAAGGAAAAUGUCACUUUCCGAAUUGGUGAUGAAGUUGGAGAAGCAUGGUGUUCAUAUAAUUCCAAACAAAGAUAUCAUCAAAAAGCAUAGGGACACGAAGAAGGACUUGGAUCUUGAAAUUUUCACUUAUCGAUUGAUAUGCUUAAAUCAAAUUAAUUGCGAGUCAUGCCGGAUGAAUGCAACCGUUUCAGUAGAAACCGUAGUUCUAACAGUAGAUGGGGCACCGAGAAAUAUUACUACAAAAUCACCUGGAAAAUAUGUUGUCAAUUUUGGUGAAGCUGGGAAGAAAUCAAAACUCCAUGAGAGUAUUGUAACACCAGCUACACUUUUUCAAUUCCUCAUGGUCACCCGCCCUUUGAUUGUUACCAAAUAA